UUUUAACCAAUAUAAUCAAAACCAAGAAAAAUAAAAACAUAAUUACGGUUGUUUCAGCCUCUGCUUCACUGAUUCUUCUUCUUCUUCUUCUUCUUCUUCUUCCUCCUCCUUCGGAUUCCUCAAAACCCAUUUUCCCUUUUCCCCCCUCCAACCCAUCGAUGGCUUUCCAAUCCCUCGCUCUUUUACUAACCCAGCACCAGCCGGCAGCAUAGAAGUUUCCCGUAUGCCGUAGGCCCGUAGCGAUAAGUCACGUUUUACCUUCUCUUAGGAUAGUAUUCAGAACUGUGCUUCGUUUUUCCACAAUGGCAGUGGCUGCGGUGAAUGCUGCUGCCUCUUCUCUUGCUUUAUCUUCACAAUCUCCCGCUUCGUUUCUGCCUUCUGUUCCAUUUUCCCUCUUCCCCUUAUCUUCCACUUCCUGUCUAUAUCCCUCUGAAUCAAGGAGAUAUUCCUCGUUUGUAACUUCUAGGAAAAGGGUCCUCUCUGGCCUCCAUGUGGCCGCCAAUAACCAGAUUUCUGAAACUAGUGAUGAUUCAGUUGAAGAUACAGAAGAUUACGAAAUGGAGGAGGCCAAUACCGAGACUGUCGUUUACUCCUUUUCUCCUUUGCCUUUGCUAUUUGUAGCUGCUCUUCCUGGAGCAGGGCAAGGGUGAGAUUUAAGAGAGGAGAUUUGAACCCAGGACUUCCUGAAUCCUCAACUUUAGCUACUAAACUAUCUUGGUAGUUGGCACUCGGCUGUUCUCUUCUUUCUUGAUUCACCAAUUUGCUCUAUACUCUUCUCAUAAUGCUAAUUGAACUGAAAAUUUUCUCGUUAUCACUGUAUUACACAUUGUCCUUGAGAAAUCAAAGUUGGAAUACAGAUUAACCUCCUUUUUGGUGGUUUUGUUUUU